AUGCACUGCCGCUUUGAGAAAGUGACUUCGUCACGCUUCCUUCGGUGCCAUGGCCCAUGGCCCGCAAGGUACAGCUUCCAACCCGGCGAAGCCGUGCCCAGGCAGCCGGAGAAAAGCUUCCCCGCGGUGAACACUGCGGAGGGUUGCGAGUGGAGCUCGGAUGGGUCUCUCUUGGGUCUUGUCGACCCUGCUGGCGGCGUCACCGUGUACAGCGCCGCUCAGGGCUACGAACCCGUGUGCCAGGUCCCCCCGCUGGUGGGCGGCCCGGUGAGGAAUUUUUACUUUUCCCCUUUGGGCACGCACCUCGUGACCUACGAGCGCUGGGUCAAGGACGCCGGUGACAACGUGGGCGUCUGGGACACGAAGACAGGCGAGAAGCGCUUCUCGUUCAUUCUCAAGAACAUGACCGGGAUGACCUGGCCACCUCUGAAAUGGACAAGUCUGGAGACGCACUGCUGCCGAAUGGUGCAGGACGGCGUCCAGAUCUUGCCAGGCUCCUGCGAGCGGUCGGAGGUCUUGCGCAUAGAUGCGCCGGGGAUCAUGGCAUUCGAGGUCUCACCCCGUGGAUCCGGUCCCCAAGGUAGCGGAUCUCCCCAUGUGGCGCUGGUCGUGGCCGAGACGAAGGGCCAGCCCGCCAGAUGUCAGGUUUACAAGCUGGAUGAUCCCAGCAGAGCAACGGCCACGAAGAACUUCUUCAAGGCCCAAACCGUCACCAUGAAGUGGAACAAUGUUGGCACGGCAGUACUGGUGAAAUCCGCCAUGGAGGUCGAUGACACUGGGAAAAGCUACUACGGCGGUGCAAAUCUCUACUUUCUGCGUGCAGACGGCGAAGAGACGGCCCUCGUAGCAUCCGCUGACGGUGGGCCAAUCCACGACGCGCAGUGGAGCCCAACUCAGGACGAGUUCAUCCUGCUGCAUGGAGAGCUUCCAUGCCCGGCUGGGCUCUACGAAGGCCGCAAGGGCAACAAGCGCGUGGACUUCGGCAGCGGACAUCGCAACACCAUCAGGUGGAACCCUUUCGGCCGCUUCUUCGUGCUCGGUGGUUAUGGGCAAUUGCUUGGAGACACCGACUUCUGGGACAAGCCUGGGAAGCAGCUGAUGGCAACCCGGCGAAUGGAGUGUUGUGUGGUAUGUGGCUGGGCCCCAGAUGGGAGGCACUUCCUCACUGCCACUACGGCCCCGAGGAUGCGCGUGGACAACAAGAUUGAGCUCUUCGACUACCUUGGUGCCCCACUCGGCAAGCUGGAGUUCGACGAGCUGCUCCUUGCAGGCACAUCACGUGCAAUGACGGCAGGGAAAGGAGCACCGAGUGGACACAAUCCUUCAUGGCUUCAUGUCAACGUGCCAAUAUCGCUAUCGCAUUGUUUGCUUCGUUACACAGAAGAUCACGGAGUAUACGCUGCAAUUGCUGACCAGCCGAGAGCUGCUUCUACCGCGUUUUCACGAUGA